AUGAAUCGAGUAAUAUUAAAAGAUUCUAAAAUAUUUUUAAAUGUUUUAAAUAAACCAAUAAUUAAAAACAAAAAUUGUUUAUCAUUAUUAAAUAUCACAACUUCAUCAACCACAUCGAUAAUAAAAAAUCAACAAAUUAAUCAAUUUAAUAAAAGAAAUUUUACAAAUACCAUAAAUAAUAAUAAAAAUGAAAAUAUAAAUAAUAAAAUUUUAAAUAUUAUUGAAAGAAGUCAUUCAUGUGGUGAAAUUACAAGUAAAGAUAUUGGUAAAGAAGUUAUAAUUUAUGGUUGGAUUAAUUCAUUAAGAAAUUUAGGAGAUAACGUAUUUUUAGUGAUUAGAGAUGGACAUGGUAAAGUUCAAUGUUAUGUUGAUUUAAAACAACAAUGUAUAUUAAAAUCAAGUGUUCCAAAUAUUGAUAUAAAUGAGCGUAAUAGUAUUGAAGAGAAUAUUAAACUUUUUAAAUUAGAAUCAAUUGUUUCAAUUAAAGGUAAAGUUAUAGCAAGACCAGAACGUAUGGUAAAUAAGAAUAUGUCAACUGGUGAAAUUGAAAUUUCAGUUGACCAAUUACAAUUGUUGAAUAAUUGUGUGGAUUUACCAUUUACAGUGGAACAUGAUUCAACUGCGGUAUCUGAGGAAUUAAGAUUAAAGUAUCGUUAUGUUGAUUUGAGAAGAGACAAAGUUCAAAGUAAUAUCAGAUUAAGAUCAAAGGUAGCAAUGGCAGCAAGAAACUAUUUAAUCAAUCAACAAUUCAUUGAAGUUGAAACACCAACACUCUUUAGACCAACACCAGAGGGUGCAAGAGAGUAUUUGGUGCCAACCAGACACCAAGGCCAAUUCUACAGCUUGCCACAGUCACCCCAACAAUAUAAACAGUUACUUAUGGUAGGUGGUAUUGACAGAUAUUUCCAAUUGGCACGUUGUUAUCGUGAUGAAGAUUUACGUUCAGAUAGACAACCUGAAUUCACUCAAAUCGAUAUGGAACUUUCAUUUGUAAAUACUCAAAUGAUUUAUCGUAUCAUUGAAGGAUUGGUUAAAACACUUUGGAAAGAGGCUGGUUUCAACAUUGACUAUGAGUUCCCAUUCUACACCUAUGAGCAAGUUCUAUCAACCUAUGGUAUUGAUAAGCCUGACACUCGUUAUGACAUGAAACUCGUCGAUAUUACAGACUGUUUCAAUAAGGAUGAAACUAAUAUUAAUCUAUUUAAAAAUGCAUUAUCUCAAGCAUCAAACAAUUUCAAAGAAUCUAAACCUGUCAUUAAAUGCAUAAAAUUAGAUCAAGUUUUACCAACUUUAAAAUCCAAACAUCUUGAUCAAAUCACUACAGAAUCAAAUUCAAUAAUCACUGUACAAAUUAAAUCAAAUAAUGAAUGGAAAUCUUUAAUUUCAAAGAGUAUAUCGGAACAAGAAAAGACUUUAAUCACUGAAAGAAUGAAUUUAAAAGAAGGUGAUGUUUUAUUAAUUAGUGUUGGUCCAAGAUUCCAAGUUGAAUCAACACUUGGUAAAACUAGAAUUUAUUGUGCAAAUCUAUUAAAAGAGUUGAAUUUAUUAAAAUUAGAUCCACAACAAUUCAAUUUCUUGUGGGUUGUAGAUUUCCCAUUAUUCACUCCAUCAGAUUACAUGAAUGAACAAUCAGCACUAUUAUCAACCCAUCAUCCAUUCACAGCUCCUCAUCCAGAGGAUAUUGAUCUAUUGUUAAAUCCAUUAUCAACUCCAUCUGAUUAUUCAAAGAUUAGAGGCCAACAUUAUGAUAUCGUUAUAAAUGGUGUUGAAUUGGGUGGUGGCUCAAUUCGUAUUCAUAACUCUGAUGUACAAUUACGUGUUUUAGAAAAAGUAUUAAAAUUGGAACCACACAUGGUCCAACGUUUCAAUCAUCUUUUAACUGCACUUUCAAUGGGUUGUCCACCACAUGGUGGUAUUGCUUUAGGUUUUGAUCGUUUAUGUUCACUAUUAGUAAAUUCAAAUUCAAUUCGUGAUGUUAUUGCUUUUCCAAAAACUUCUGGUGGUAAAGAAUUAAUGACUUCUUCACCUGCUACUGUUACAAAAUCUGAAUUAGAUGAAUUAUUUUUAAUUCAAAAAUAA